GCAGGGCGUACAAAACAAAAAAGUAUUAAUUCUUUUCGCAUCCACUCGAAACAUCUGCUAUACACGGCGAGGCAAUGUCCUGCGCCCUCGCCCGCUCUCCUCGCUGCUCGUUGUCAUCAUGCCACGCAAAUGCCAUCCUUCUCACACCGCCCAUCAUCUCACCAUCGCCUCUUCCCGGCCUCGACUGGCUCCACGACAUGCAACUAGAUGCCGACAACCAACCGCGGUCGGUAUCCAAAACAAUGCUGCCAUCCAACGCCGCAGAUAUAACUCGGCUGCCGUCAAGAGCAUCACUCACCCCGUCGUUAAACGUUGCCGUCCAUGUAGCCUUUGGCAACACUUGGUGCGAGGAGCGCGAGGGCGGGCCCGGCACAAACACAGAGAACAAAACGCAGCAAAAAAAAAUCAGCCAUGUCGUUCUUUUUUCCCUUUUCGGUCGUCGCAGGCGUCCCGCCAACAGUAAAGUAUGCUUUCGGCCCCUUCAUCAUUCCAAAGCGCUGGUCGCAGUGGCAUCAUGAGCCCCAUCUCACGCAGCACAACGGGGCCUCUCGGGUCGUCAUCGUCAACGUCAUGUCUGGGGCUUCCGGCAGGGGGUGGCAUUAUG